ACUGCUACAUAUAUACGUACUGUUCACCCCAAAUAUUAUUAUAAUCUUAAUAAAACAAGUUGUACAUUUUUUAAAUAAAAAAGAAAGAGGUCAGCAAUAUGGAUGUCCUUAAAAAGCUGAAAAUCACAACUCACAAACUUCCAAACAAAGAGAAUUAAACACAGAUCGACCACCUUAGCUUCAUUCAAUUCUUCUUGUUUAUAAUUAAUCUCUCUUUAUACGGACUACUCCGAUCCUCACCGAGUUUUGCUUCUCUUUCUCUGUCUCUGUCUCUCUCUCUCUCUCUCUCUCUCUCUCUCUCUCUCCCCUAAAUUAUAUUAACAGAGAAGCAACCUGCAAACCUGCAACUGCAAUCCCCCUCAUUUUAAUUUUAAUUUAAAUUUACAUAAAAAAGCCCUUAUAGUUUUCAUUAAUUAAGUUGUAGUCGAGUGUGUUCCUAAUUAAAAAAAAUGGAGACAAGUAGUUGUGAGUUAAUUGUGAGACAGAUAUCCAACUGGGCGUGCUAAGCUAGCUCAUGGAAAAACAUCUCACCAACAACACCACAGAUCUUUCAAGCUUUUCCGAGUUUUAUUUAUUAUUAGAGUUUAACUAUAAGAUAUGACUAUGGUUCCUGCUCCUAAACUAUCCAAACCACAUGCUAAUGCAAAUGCAAAUCAUCUCUUUUUUUAUGGUGCUUGUGGUGCUGAUGUCAUGACCCGAUUCUCUGACGGAUGCGCUGCUCCGGAUGACUAUUACAAUAACAUCGACGCCAACACUAACAUCACUACUACUAUUAGCAGCAGCAGCAACAACAACAACAACAACAACAACAACAACAUUAUAGCUGCUACUACUAACAUUAGUAACGCUGUUGUAGGAUCGAUUGCUACUACCAAUUAUUCUUACCAUAAUACGAGUUUUACUUUUAUGGCUGAUGAGGAAGAACACUCCAGGACAUCUAACACUAGUGUUAAUGAUCAUCACCCUGCUGCCGCCGCCUCUUUUAAAGGCCGGGAUGAUGAUACCCCUACACCUCCGCCGCCUUCCGAUCCUCAACAAUAUCACCACUUGGACAAUACCACAACCUGGCUGCAAUUAGGUUUAGGUAGGCCCCAAGUUGUCAAUACUCCUUCGUCUCAUCAAACAGCUCAGAUGAUGCACAUGGGAGGCGACCAAGGUGGAUUGAUGCUAGAGCUCAACCUAGGAGGCGGCGGAGGAGGAGGUGGUGGUGGAAACAGCGGAAUGAUACAUCCAUUGCCGGCGGUGUUAGACUCUAGAAUCCAACAACGACCCUUUGAUUUUACAACUAGUAAUAUGUUUGCUGGUGGUGGGAUUGGAUCAGAAUCACCAAAUAAUGGAGCCACUCAUUUUCUAAUGACGACCUCUCAUCCACACCAACCUCAAUCCCAAUCUCAUCCUCAUCCUCAUCCUCAUCCUCAUCCUCAUCCUCAUCCUCAUCCUCAACACCAAUUAUUAUUCUUAAGUAAUCAUCAUCAUCAUCUUCAACAACAACAACAACAACAACAUCAGAUAGGGUGGGGAUUUGUUAAUCAGAGAACAAGUUUAUCAGCCGCAGCAGCUGGAUGUUCGUCUUCUAUAUCUCCUUCUUCCUCCUCCUCUAUGCCACCGUCACUGCCUGUUCAAGGUGGACCGGGUUCCUUUUUAACCCGCCCGUUUACACCAAACAGGUCAUCCAUAGAUUCUGAUUUUAGAGUUAUACACCCUCCUCCUAAGAGACCUCAUUCCGGCAUUUGGUUUGCCCUUCAAGCUUCUCCUCAUCAAUCAAAACAACCAUAUUUGCCUCAACUAUCCAAGAGCUUUCUUCGCAUCAAAGAUGGGAGGAUGACAGUCCGAUUAGUAAUGAAGUAUGUGGCUAACAAGCUUGGAUUGGAUAGCGAAUCAGAGGUAGAAAUAAGAUGUAGAGGGCAACAACUACUACCAUUCUUGACGUUGCAGCAUGUAAGAGACAACAUAUGGAGUCCAAGAGACGCGGGAUUGACGACGACGACGACGACGACGACGGUGACAUUGGUUCAAGAAUCCUCAACAACUGACCAUCUUAUGAUUUUUAAUUAUGGUAGAACCACCACCAACAACGUCGUAACACCUCCACCUUCUUCUUCCAUGUUCCUAGCUGCUACAUCUACCUAAUACAAUUAAUUAAUUAAUUAAUUAUGGAUCGAGAAUCUAUAUUUUUUUCAAAUCUCUCCUCGAUCAUUUAUUUAUGAUUAAUUAACCCGGCCCCCAACUUCUUGUAUCAAUACUAUUAUUGUUGAUCAAUUAAAUUAUCCUCAUAAUUAGAAUGAAUUAGCUUUGAUUGUAGGAUGAAUAGUUCCCAAAUACCCCAAAAUGGUUAAUGGUAUGUGUUUUUGUCUAUUGGGGUCCCUUAACUUGUAAUUGUAAAAAAUAUAUUUUAUUAAUUUAUAUAUUUUCUUUUAAGAUAA